CACGACUUCCCGUGUUCAUCAAGAAGGGUCUCGUUCCGCCGCCCGUGUUCUCAACAUUUUCAGAGUUCUCGCAGGUGCAGUUCUAGGCUUGGGCGCUCUCGGCAUUCCGUGGUUGCUCUUCGGCAGACAUCUGGUUGUUAAAGAUGCGUCCUCGUUCCUCUCUUCCCCCCAUCUCCCAGUAUGAUGCUCCUCAGAUGUACGUUGCUGCUGUUGCCUUCGGUCUACCUCGGGGCAUCAGCUCAAGACCCAGCUCAAUCCGUUUUCAUUGACUCAAGCGUGGGGUCUAAAUGCUGUGAUGCUCUCCGCGCUAAGCUGCCGUCCAUGGUCUUUGCACGUGGCACUCCCGAAUACAACACUCGUCAUGCCACGUAUUAUUCCCUCCAACAGCAGGAACUGUUCCCUACCUGCACAGUCAAACCCAACUCUGCCUCAGACGUUUCGCUCAUCGUGAAGAUUGCUAAAGAUAGCCAAUGUCCGUUUGCCGUAGCUUCUGGCGGCCAUAUGUCGUGGAAGGGUUCAUCCAACAUCGAUGGAGGGUUCGUCAUCGAUCUCAGAGGGAUGAACCAGAUUGAUGUCUCACCCGAGGACCAAAUGGUCAAGUUGGGGCCUGGUCCGCUUUGGCAAGAAGUCUACAAAGUCAUGGCCCCGUAUAACGUGUCAGCUAUUGGUGGAAGAAUCAAUGCUGUCGGUAUCGGUGGUUUCCUUUUAGGUGGUGGCAUAGCAUUCGCGUCCGUUGACAAAGGUUUUGGUGCGGAUAACGUGUUCAACUACGAGGUGGUGCUUUCGGACGGACGCAUAGUCGAAGCGAACAAAAAAACAAACUCGGACCUGUUCUGGGCACUGAAGAUGGCUGGUACCAACUACGGUAUCGUCACCCGGUUCGACAUGCGUACUUACCACUCUCCUUCGAUCUAUGGAGCUGUCUCCGUCUACCCGUUUACCAAGCCAACCGCAUCGGAACUCCUUGUCGACUUCGAGAAAUACGUCCACGACGAAGAGAACAGGAAAGAUUUCAAAGCUGUCGUCUUCAACUACAACAACGGGAUGGACCUGGCUAUGGCCAUUCAAGUCAAUCUCGAUUCCGUUCCUCUUGCAAGAAUGUCCUCCGCUGAACCUAUCAUGCACGCGGAGAAGGUAGGCACCACUCAUGACGUUGUAGACGAAGUAAUUGCGCACGCGCUCGAGUCUACCGCCCGGUCGGCUUGGUUUACGAUGACGACAAAGGUCAAUACAGACUUUUUCAUGGAUAUGCAAGCAAUGGCGCAAACCAUCUUUGAACCGUUGAAAAACCGGAAAGGCCUUACCACAACUUUGAGCUUCCAAUCAUUCCAGAAGAGCUACAUCGAGGGUGCAGCUCACAGUCCGAUCUACAACGCUCUGAAACGAUCAAACGCUGAUCUCGUUUGUAUUCUUAUCCUAAUCACCUGGACGGAACCUACGGAUGAACUUGUCAUGAAAGAGGCCACCAACACCUUUGGCGCUUGGGGCGAAGCCGAGGCUCGUAAGCGUGGCAUACUGGACGAGUUUGUCUAUAUCAACUACGCGAAUGAGCGGCAGCGUGUGUAUGAGCGUUCAGUCACACCUGAAGACCUGGAUAAGAUGCAGGAGAUUCAGAAAAAGUAUGAUUCAUCCGGAACUUUCGAGAAGCUAUGGAGGGGCGGGUAUAAGUUGCCGAAGAAGGGUGGUGCACGAGCUGUGCAGCAUGAUGAGUUGUGAGAUACCUCCUUGUUCCCGACUUUGGCCUUCUGUCCGGGCAAUCGCCUCGACGUGCAACACAUUGAUGUAUUUAUUCUGAUGGUUGGGCUCGAUUAAUCUCGAUCGUUCAUUUUUGGGUUCUCACGGCCAGUGAGAAUGUUCUUCACAUUCGGACUAGAAAUCAGAAUUCGCUUUGGA